GUGUAAGCCAACUCUGGCCGUUCUUGGCUUUGGGCCGAGGGGCACCGCUGGGGACUGUCAGGCCACCGCGAGCCCGCGUGGGGACGGCGACUGGUCCGUCUCGGCUUGGAGAGGGGCGGCAGGAGAGGAACUCGCUGGGGCCUCGGAUCUCCGCGCCCCAGCCACGCCGAAGGAUGGAAAUUCAGUGCUGCUCAGUAACUACGAGGUGUUCCAGUUAUUAACUGACCUGAAAGAGCAGCGUAGAGAAAGUGGGAAGAAUAAGCACAGUGCUGGGCAGCAGAACUUGAACACCAUCACGUAUGAAGAAUCGAACUUGGGUCCUUGUGCUUGAGCAGUAGGCGACAAAACCACUGAGCUAAAUCCCCAGCCCUAAGCACAUUCUUGAAUACAUUAAAGUACUUAUCAAAAACUCCAUGCAGACACCAGAGCCCUGAGAUUGUCAGAGAAUUUCUCACAGCAAUGAAAAGCCACAAACUGACCAAAGCUGAAAAGCUGCAGCUGCUGAACCACAGGCCAGUGACUGCUGUGGAGAUCCAGCUGAUGGUGGAGGAGACAGAAGAGCGGUUCACGGAGGAGGAGCAGAUCGAAGAGCUUCUCCACACUGUCAUGAGCGUCCUGCCUGCCGAGCCGGAGGCCGAGCAGAAGACAGAUGCCAGUGGUGACGUGGAGAUGAACGAGGAAGGUCGAGCCUAGAGGACCACCAGCCGGCUGCUCACCAACUAGAGGGCUGGCAGCCACUUCCUGGACAUUCGGGGGAUUCUUUACUCAGUUUCCUGUCUAUCCCAAUCACCUGUUUUCAUGGUUGGGAAAAAUCACAGAAAUUCGGUGAAUGGAGAUGUUUGGGGCUUGGGGAGAAGAGACGUGGUGAAGUCAGGCGUGGUUAUCGGGCAGAGAGCCAGAGGAAGAACAGCGACUGUGCCCCGCAGUGGGAGCGACACUUCCUGCAGCCUUUGCUGCUCGUGGGAGGCCUGUGUUGUGUGUCCACAGAUGGCGAAGCUUGCACGGCCUCUGAUGAGCUGUGUGGUGAUCGCUUUCAUCUGCUUUCCUCAGAGAUCCAGGCAGAGCUCAGGGCUGUUGGUGAGAGCUGAAUUAUGAAAACCCAGAGCCCUGAACAGUUGCUGUGAGCCACGGAGCUCUUGCCUGCGGAAAUUUCCUUGGCAGUGGAGAUGGGAAAGCAGAUGAGUAAAGCCCGGGCUGGCCGGCCCUCCGUGAGGGCUUGUUUAUGCAUGGGCUCUGACUGGCCGAAACCCAGGACAUCAGACACUGGGGCUUUCUGACCGCCCUGUUUCCUGUCCUGAGCUGGCAGUGGCCUGGUGGGUGGUGAGAGACCAGGCGAGCCUUACUGUGGGAUGGAAAUCAUUCGCGCCUUUAUGGGGCACCGGUAGGCAGUUCUUGCAUGAACAGAGCAGGAAAACCUGGACUGACUAAUAAGAAUUUGAAUUUGCCAUUACAAGGUUGCAUCCGUUUUUGAAAUUAAAAUAAUAACUACCACGUGAAGACCUUUUAGUAUUCGGGCUUUGGAAAGUUUAGUACUCAGAGGCGUGUGGUUGCCCAUCUCCUCCUUCACCAUUCCCUGUUUGGGAAGAAAGUGCCUGUGAAUACUAAUCUUCCAGUUGGUACUCAUUUUGUCUAGGAUUACCUAUUUCCAGUGCUGCUAUUACCUGGGUUACUUCCUACCCCGUUGUAAUUCCCGGUUUACCUCAAACCUGCUCACUCCCAGCAGCUGACCACAGUCACUGUCAUCUGCAGAGUAGCUGAAGUCUUUACGGGCAGUGUUGAGAGCCACAGGUUUAGGGUUACAUCUCUCUUGAGUAUGGGGAUCCGCUCGGAGCUGUUGAUUUAUUGUACCUGUCGUCAUUUCUCUUUUACCUUAUUAGAAAUGUGUUAGAUGGUUUCCCUUGAUGGAUUUAAGGCUUACACUAGUUAGUGAUAAAUUGUUUCCAGAUGUUGCCAAGCCUUGCCUUUUCUUUGAAGAAUUUGCAUUGUCAUAGACUCAGAAGUAAAAUAACAUCUGACUUAAAGGCUAAAAUGUAUGAUUUUUUUUUUUUUAAGUUGAAUAUUCCAAAUUCUUUUGAAAUUUUUGUUUCUCCAUCUGGGACCUGAAUUUAGCCUCAGUAUUUUACUAAACCAGGCCCUAGAAGACUUAACCUUUGCAAGAAACAUAAAUUAUAUGUAAUAUUUGUGUCACAUUCAUAAUAAACGUUUCAAAAAUAGAAGUCCUAUUUUACAUAAGACGGGGAUCAGAGCAAGGAACCUGGGAGCUCAGUUUUCAUUUCGUAUCCUUCUAAACAGUUUGGAAUCUUGACCACAUGUGACUUUUAGUCUUUAAAAAGAAAACGAGUCUGUCUGGUCGCACGCUGUCUGUGGAGGUGACAGCAGUGUGUCUGUCUCACCUGGGGGCCGAGCCCAGCCCUGUUCCCUCCCUUCUCGUGGGCAGCUCGGGAGGAGCUGGGGACCCACCUAGGUGUGGGGGCCAGCUUGGAGAGUGCCUGGUGUUAGGAGCUGGAUGUUUCGAUCACCACCUUCCUGUUUCUCUCCACAUCUAGAGUCUUCUUACUCUACCAGCCAGCGUAAAGAGUGGUCUUGUGUUUGGGGGUUUGCUUAGGGAAAAUCUCUGAUUUAUUUGACUUGGAAAAUUUUGGGGUUACCUGUCAUGAGGUACUAUUGAACUCUUAAGAUUAGACAUUCAAUUGAUGUUUACCCAA